AUGUCGCUACAGAUUUCGACCAUUGAUUCGGGGGCUGCUUAUCAUGCUCUCCCACCAGCCCCGGUCGAUGACGACCGCGACAGCGAACUUGAUUUGGAAUUCGAUGAUUCUGCAACAGACCCUUCUGUCACUGAUGAGGUCGUCGAUAGUCGAAUACGGUGGGUGUACUUUAUGCUAGGCUGCGCAAUCCUCCUCCCUUGGAACGUGAUGAUUACCGCUACCUCGUUCUUCUUGUCUCGCUUGGUCGGAUCACCAUUACGGGCAACGUUUGCCUCCUACCUGACCACCACUUCCACCGUGUUCAAUGUUUUUGCAUUGGCACACGCCACGAUGACCUCAAAACGGUCGUCACCCUCUCAAAGAGUUUUCUGGUCUGCCGCAUCCGUCACACUCAUCAUCGUUCUCCUGUUCUUCAGCACCUUCACACACUAUCAACCAUCAACCUUCUUUAUCUUUGCAAUCCUAUGUUCUAUUUCUUUGGCGAUAUGCGUUUCCUAUCUUUCCACAGCCGCCUUCGCUGGAGCCUCGCUCUUCGGGGCUCCUUAUAUGCAAUCUAUGAUAUCCGGCCAGGCUGCCAUAGCUGUGGUUGUUAGUGUGGUCCAGGUGGUCACAUCCGCCUUGUCCGUCUGGGGUUCGACUCCGGAAGCAAUUGCCGCGUUCAUAUCGAAUGACGGCGUUGGGGACGGAAAGGCAGAGCAGGAUUCUGCUCGUACAUUCUUUGGAAUAUCCGCAUUGUUUAUGGUCAGCACGUUUAUGGCCUACGCCUGGAUGGCGCGGUUGCCAGCCUACAAGGCCACUGUUGGGAUCUUGGAAAACAAUAUCAAGCUUCAUGGGGCCCUAGGCAGUCCCACUGAAACGGGAGGGCUCGUCUUUAGCAGUACCGAACAAGCAAGCCAUGAGGAAAGAAAUCAAAUAAUACGUGUGUUCAAAGCAAACAUCAUCUAUGAAUUUGCUCUUGCAUAUGUCUUUGUGAUCACUUUGGCCAUCUUCCCUGUCAUCACAAUUACCAUACAGUCGACUAACCCCAAUACCCAUCCAUUACUAUUCACCGCAGUUCAUUUCUUGACGUUCAACCUCGGCGACUUCUUUGGACGAUAUAUCUGUAGUUUCCCGAGAGUAAUAACGUGGUCCGCUACACGCAUAUUAGCGUUCUCGAUCGUCCGCACCCUGUUCAUCCCCAUCUUCCUUCUAUGCAAUACGGUGCAAGGCCCUUCGCGUGGUUUGCCCGUAAUCAGCUCAGACUUUGUCUAUAUGCUCCUUGUUGGCGCUCUAGGCCUAUCAAACGGAUACGUCUCUACCCUCUCUAUGCUAGGUGCAUCCUCUCUAGAGCACAAUCCACGAUUGCGACAACGUCGCGAAGACGUCCCCAUUGCGAGUACCGUGGCUGGUUUUUGUCUUAUCGUGGGUCUUGCAAUCGGGGGUUUUGGAAGUUUUGGUGUGAGAGCUAUUAUUUGCCAAUGCAAUCCCUUCGUGAAGUGA